CGAUAUGCUUCAGACUUUGAUGAGUUUGAACAACUUGGUAGAGGUGGGUUUGGACAAGUGGUCAAGGCCAGAAAUUGUCUUGAUGGAGCAUUUUAUGCCAUUAAAAAGGUCCGGAUGAACCCAAAAGAUCAAGAAAGAAGUGAUCGUUUAUUACGAGAAGUUCAGACUCUAUCGCGUCUUCACAACGAAUAUGUAGUCCGCCAGCCUACUAGUGUUGGUACAAUACCAAAAAGAAGCACGAUAAAGUCAAAAAAUCCCCAAAACCGCUGUACAGUUAUUCUAUACAUUCAAAUGGAAUACUGUGAAAAGCAGACAUUGCGUGAUGUUAUUGAUGAAGGCUUGGACGAGAAAAAUUCUUGGAGAUUGUUUCGCCAGAUUUUGGAAGGUUUAGGCCAUAUUCAUGCACAAGGAAUUAUACAUCGAGAUCUCAAGCCUAGUAAUGUGUUUUUGGAUCGAAACAGAAAUGUCAAGAUUGGGGACUUUGGUCUUGCAACGGCUCGACGUGAUGCAUCAAUUUCAGCCAAAAAUAUUUUAGAACAGUUUAACUCGGUGGAUGAUAUUUCCUUGACAAACGAAAUUGGCACGCCAGUGUAUGUUGCACCAGAGAUUUUGGGAGAAACUGGAAGGUACAAUUCCAAAGUAGACAUGUAUUCUUUGGGUAUACUUUUUUUCGAGAUGAUAUACCCAUUGAAUACUGGAAUGCAACGCGCACAUGUUCUUCGUGAACUGCGAGCUCCAUCAAUUAUUUUUCCAAAAGACUUUGAUUACGACACCUUUGAACAUCAGAGCGAAAUUAUCAAGCAACUCUUGCGCCAUAUUCCAAAAGAACGACCGUCAUGCAUGCAGCUACUUCAAUCUCCGCUUGUUCCCACUCAAGUUGAAGAAGAGUAUAUUAAUGAGGAACUU